UGCCAUUGUUAGACAUUUGUUAGAUAUGUUGCCCACCUAAAAAAAUCGAAGAGCAUAAAUCAUAAACCCGAAUUUAUGCUGCAUGUUCGAUUUUUUCGCACAUUGUUGACGGUUGAGAAAACAGUGCGGACAAAACCUGCAGCUAUCUUUGCCGCAUCAGUUUGUAAAAAAAAGUCGCGUGCGUCGGUCGGAGAAAUAAAAGUUCCGCGUCGUUUUGUCAGCUGCCAUCACCGGAACCAUUGUUGGCGUUAAUUUUAAGUGGAAAAGUGUUGCGUCUUCGUUUGCGUUUGCGUCUUGCGUUUCGUCUUCCGUCCUAUUGCCUCCACACGGCCGUGAUAAUUCCCGGAUCUCGUCGUCGCCGCUGCUGUUGCUGCUGCCCGUUGUACAAUUCCCAUGUUCAACUACAGUUAUUUGAACAAAGAUUGCCCGGAAGAAAAAAUGGAGCCUCAAAAAAGCAAAAAAACAAAAAUCAGUAAGCCACUGUUGGUGGAUGCUGCUACGUUGGACCAAAUGCGGCUGAGGUUUGACCAAAUCAAGCAGAAAAACGCGUUACCAGAAGGAACGAGCAGCAAAAUACCAAUUGCUAUGGCAAGUAUUGUGCCACCUGGCAUAACCAUAAAAAAGGGGACAGAAAGCACAAGAAGUAUUCCUCCAAUUCAAAUUCCUCCACAAAUGAAUUCUACCUCCAUCAACUCAGAUUUCGAAGGACAAACAUCCCCGCCAUCUAAAAUUCCACGACUGGCAACAUUACUACACUCUAUCGCCCCACUAACUCCACGGCCGGUAACGGUAACCACCAUAGCAGGACAAAUCUCACCACCAACCAAUAUUUCACGACCAGUAACUUCUAAUCACAUCGCUCUACCGAAAACAACUCCGCGGCCGGUGCCAUUGGUGAACACAGAUGACCAUGAUGUUGAAGACCUGACGGCCUUAAUGAUUAAAAUGAGCGUGAUCGAAAAAAAAAUUGACAAAAACAAUGAGGCGACGACAAGAAAAUUGGAUGCCCUAAACACAAAAAUGGCUUCACUCCAAAGAAUAAUGGGCACAAUGUCCGAUGCCAUUGAUGCCAUCAGACAAUCAUCCAUCAAUGAAGUAAGAGAAGAGACAGCUAUACAUUUCCCAAUCAAAAAUGACGAGGAAUUGAAAAAUUUGGAAGUCUUACUAGUAGAAGAACAAUUUGAAAAAGCGUUUCGCUCGAAAUUAAAAAAAGAAAAAACAAAAGAUGCUUAUCAUUUUAUGCGAAACGCUGUUGGACAAUUUUUUUACAAAACUACAAGACAUACUUGGAGCGGACGCGUGGGCCACAAUAGUGGCCACGAGGAGGAUGCUUGCAAGGCCUCUAAUCUGAACGUUGUGCGCAUUUUGCUUGAUGUUGCAAUGGAAAUUUUCCCUAUCACCCGAGACACCGCGAUCCAGGAAUUUAAAAAGGCACUUCAGAACAAAAAUGCCGCGGUUCAUAUGAACAAGGUUCGCGAUGCCAAAUUUGUCCAUGAAUAAAUAACGAGGGAAAACUACUGAACAAAUCAGUUAUGUGUAAAUGAGAUUAAAAGAGAAAUAUUUGUUGAGGACCAUCCAUAAACCACGUUGAUUUAUUUGUUAAUUUUUUAAACUUUCUAUGGACAAUGGCCGUAUUCCACUUAUUUCAGGCGGAAUAAAUUAAAUAGGAUUUGUUUCUGACAUGUCGAACUUGAACUCUAAUUUUCUAAAAUUCAUUUUUUUUAUUAUUUUCGGUGUUUUCACAUGUUGGGGUUUAUGAAAUGUCAAACGCAAAAGUGAUCCAUAAUUGUUAAGAGACAAUAAAAUAAUUUCAUAAGCGAUGGACAAAACGA